AUGAUGACGAAAUCUAUCUUCCGAAAUAUUCUCUCAGUCACACCGAGAUUCUACCGAUCGACUAUCCGUCUGCUAUCUUCUCUUUCACCAAUCGAAUACGAAACCAUAGCUGAUGAAACAUUAGAAUCUUUGACCGAAGCUUUUGAAAUUUUACUUGAAAAACAUAAAUUACCAUCAGACGUAACUUAUUCCAAUGGUGUUUUAACCGUCGAACUCGAGAAAUUCGGUACUUAUGUCAUUAACAAACAAACCCCGAAUAAACAAAUAUGGUUAUCAUCACCAUUUAGCGGACCUAAACGGUACGAUUUUAUUAAUCAAACGUGGGUUUAUAAGCAUGAUGGUAUAUCGUUACAUAAAUUGUUAACAGAAGAACUUUCAAAUGUAUUCAAAAAAGAUAAAGAUAUUCGAUUUGAAGCAUGUGACUACGGAGAAAGUAAAAAUGCAAAUGUGAAAUAA